CUUUUCUCUUUCUUUUCUUCUCUGUUAACAAAACCCCCAAAUCCUGAAAAAACACCCUAAAUUUGUCGAAAUCCUAAAAUCGACUCACCAAAUCAACCUAAUUUAACAUGGAUAUAUCAGCCGAUGACGAAGGACCAGUGGAGGUGGCGCCCGCAGCUGAAGAGAUUCCGCAGCCGGAACAGAGUGUUCGCCGGAGAUUGGUACAGUCCACCCUGUUCCCUCACAAAUCGCCGGAAAUCGGAGUGAACAGUGAAAAAAAUAUCGAUGAAAACUGCAAUGGCGAGGAGUAUCGUGGGAGUCAAAAUAAGAAGAAGAGAAUGCAAAAGGGAAAGACAACUCCACUAACCAGAACUCCUAAAAAGUCUAUGUUGUUACAGCACAAAUUACCGGGAACGGAAUCCAACAGUUAUCAGAAACGCGAGAAAGAAUGUAAUGUCGAGGAUGGGAAAGGCGAAGGUGAAUGUGAGGAGUGCUGUGGGAGUCAGAAGAAACGAACACGGAUAGGAAAGGCAACACCACAAAGUAGAACUCCUAAAAAGUCAAAGGAGAAGUCACCUAUGAAUGGUACGCCUAAAAAGAAUGGCACAUGUAAUGGGAAAGGCUUCUCUAAUCUGGUAGAGAACCAGGGUGUAUCACCACCAAUCCCUAAUUUGAGGUUAGAGGCCAAGAUGGCAGCUGAGGAAAAUUCACGAAUGUUUGCUGGAAGGCAAAUUCAUCCCUUUUUCUCAUCAUGGAAAGUGAGUAAGAGAUGUGAUGAGACAAAUGCAGUGGAAAGUAAUCAUCACUUGGCCUGGAGAAAAGCUAAAGGCAUCAAUAUUGGUCCUAUUCAUGUCUUUGAAAGGGGUCAGGAUGAUGCAAGGCCUCUUGAUUGGAGUGAUUGGAUAGUUUGUGAGAAACCAUUUAUCGAUAGCAGUUUUAGCGUAGAAAGCUCCUUCUCAUCAAACUUUGAAGGCUUCAUUGGAUUAUUAGACAUAAAUGAUUUCCCCAGCUCAUCGCAUCCUCCUGGUACAUCGCUUCCUCGAGAUAAUGCAUCUUUGGAUCAAUGCCUUUGUCAACAAGAAUUUGUGUGUGAAGCACCAGCAUUAGUCUCUUCCAGAUCAUCUGAUAUUCAGUUGGGAUGCUGUCAGCUUGCAGAGGAUACGGACACUGUAUGUAUAGCAACACCUGUUAACAAUCUUGACUGUGAGUCUGUUGAAGUUCAUAUCAUUUCUGCUUCUGCUAGAAAAUCAGAUGCUAAACAGCUAAGUGAUCUUCUUCAAGAAAGGACAGUCCCAUUGUACAUUAGUCGCACUAAACAGAUUGAGAAUAGAUUAUGGACAGAUAAGUACAAGCCAAAGAAGGCCACUGAGGUUUGUGGAAAUGAUGAGUCGGUGAAACUUUUGAGCAACUGGCUUCAUUCUUGGCAACAAAGAGGCCAUCAAGUCUGUACGGAUACCUAUAGUGGUGAUGUAUGUGAUAGACAAGAUGCUGAUUAUAACUGUGUCCAAAGUGAAUCCGAUUCAGAAAACAAUAAUGAAGGGGCCAGCCUUAAGAGUGUUCUUUUGAUCACUGGACCAACUGGGAGCGGGAAGUCUGCUGCUAUCUAUGCUUGUGCAAAAGAAGAAGGAUUCAAAGUUCUGGAGGUCAAUGCAUCUGAUUAUCGAAAUGGAGCUUUGGUGAAACAAAGAUAUGGAGAGGCAUUAGAAUCCCAUUUCCUUCAUUGGUCACAGAAAACUCAUGUGGAACCACAGAGCAACAACAUUACAGAAUUUUCCUCAGCCCUUCCUGACAGUAAAUUGACACAAGAUUUCUACAGAAAAAUGGCUGAGGUGGUACCAAUAUCAGAUGAGGAUAAUUCUCUUGGAGCCACUGAGGCCACUGUUAAGUUUGAUUCCAACGACAGCACAAUUGCCUGUGGUCAAGGGAAACUUAAACACUUGAUUCUUUUUGAAGAUGUGGAUCUUGCUUUUACUGAAGACCGUGGCUUUGUCGCUGCAAUACAACAAAUAGCUGAAAAGGCAAAAGGACCUGUGAUACUGACGAGCAAUUGUGAAAACCCUGAUCUUCCUGCCAAUUUGGACAGGCUAGAAGUUUGUUUUGUGUUGCCAUCAGAGAAGGAGCUUCUUCAGCUUGCAGAUAUGGUUUGUUCUGCUGAGAAGGUCAACAUUCAAGCUCAUCUACUAAAGCAAGUGGUUGAAUAUUGUCAAGGAGAUAUCCGAAAAACCAUUAUGCAUCUUCAAUUCUGGUUUCAGGGCAGACAAAUUAGAAAACUGUCUCCAAGUAGAGAAGCACAAAGACUGUUUGGUCCUCUGAUGUUUGGUCCUGAGGCUGGGCAUCAAGUUUUGCCAAAGAUGAUGCCAUGGGAUUUCCCUUGUCAGUUAUCUGAGCUAGUUGAAAAGGAGAUUACAACUUCAUUGUCUAUGAUGGUAGAAAAUUCUGUCUCAUUGGAGGUCAUAAAAGAAGAUUUUGAAGAUAAAGAAAUGCAGAAUAACAUAAAGAUUCAUAAUUAUGGCAAAGACAGUGGUACAAAGACCAAGAAGGAAGCAAUGUUAAGCCAAAAUUGCUUUGAUAACGAUUGCAAUCACUUCAAAAUCCCAUAUGAUUCAUGUGAUGUUUUCAAUUCCCCUGGAACCCCGGUGUCAUUGACUCCAAGAAAAAAUAGAAGGAAGCUCGAUGUAGUAAUGCCUUCUGAUUCUGAAGAUGAGAUGGUCAGUGAGAGAGUUACCUUAAUUACAGACAGGGAUACUAAAUAUGAAUUAAUCCUUGAAGCUGAUGGUGGAUUUCCCUCUCAUUGUUUAAGCAUGCAACCAUCAACUGACAUGCAACUUUGUUCUGGAGCGGAGAAACUAGAUGAAAAUCAUAGUAAAUAUCCAGAUACAGGAAUUAAUUUACAUGUAAAACAGACAUGCAUGUCUGUUGAUGCAUCAUGCGUGCCAGAAUCAUCAUUUGCUCCUGAAACUGAAAUUAAUAAUGGAACAGAGGUGUCAUUUAGCAUGGUGUCCUGCACUCGAGUGGGUGAUGCUUUCGAAGAAGUUUCAAUGAUCAUGGAGUCAAAGCAAAACCUGUUGCCUGUUGAAACUGACAAUAUUGACAGAUAUGUGCCUGAUAUGUUGGGAAGUACUUGUGAUGUGAUUGCAGAAUUAUCUCCUGAAGAGGUAGAAGAUUCUCGAAAUGAACAUGUGGAAGCUUUAACAAAAGAAUAUCAAGUGAUGGAUAAGUAUAGCUGCAUGGAUUUCAAUAAGAAAUGCAAGCCAGUGGAGAAAUUUCGAUCCUGUAUGAUGACUGAUUUAGUGCGUGAAUCAUGGAGAAAACUUUGCAAUCGUCACCCAGAUCUAAGACAUUUUGUCACCUCAGAAGUCAUAGAUGCUACUGGGAUGAUGGACCUUGCUUAUGGAAUGAGCAAUCUGAUUUCAGAAGCUGAACUGUUGCUUUCGAAUCACCGGACUUUGGAUUCCUUGGAAUCAUCAGUGGUCCAUUCUGAGGUAAUGGAUGUAUCCAGCUGGUUUGAUGAGAAUUUGACAAUGUCAUCAGCAAUAACGCAGCAAGGUUUUUGCUUUUAUGCCAAAGAAAUUGCUAAUUUAGGGUUAAAAAUGGGUUUGGAUUCCAAGGCAGAUUUCACCAGGGAGAUGCUGUCCACCACUAGCAUGAUGGAAGUUGAUAACUUGGUUAGACAGAAUUUGAGUAGCAAGAGCUCACACUCUAGGUUGAGUACUGAGAUGAACCAACCAGCAAGGGAUGCGUCAUCAAAUAGGUAUUCUGCAAACAGUGAAAUGAAGCCUUGUCUUUUUUAUAUAAUUCAGUCACUAGUCCCUCCGCGAUCAUACAUGACAGUGAAAGGUGAAGCGUUCUAUGAAUAUCUAUCUUCUCUGGGCCACAUUGCCAGAUCAGAAGCUUCUCGAUUAUCGGCAAGCAUUGACAGGAUAGAAGGAAGGAGGACACGAGCUUCUCGAAACUACUUGAGCGUUGGUUCUCUAAUGUUGUCUCCGGAAGAAAUUUCAUUGCUGGGUCGGUCUAACAUCUACCCGAAGAUCUUGUCACAAUCAAUGGACAGCACAGAUAAAACUAUAUAACCUUGUUGCCAAGGACUCACAGUGUACAGUUUACCUCUUCACUAACUCUGAUAUAGCUAUUAACUCAUUGCAGCUGCUACGAGAAUUGAGGACAUCAUGUAAAGGAGGCGAAGCUUCUUAUGACAUUCGGGAAUCACAGGAACAAAUAGAGUGGCUGCUAAUUUUAUUUGUAUCGAUGGCAUGGCCCAAGAUUUGUCACGCGUCAUGCCAAUGAGACCUGGGGGCGAGAUCUGAUUUGUCACCUUGAUUUGGGUGCCCGAUUCCAUCUUGAUUUAAAGCUAAUACUGAUUUCUUUUUUA